AUGGGGAAAUGGGAUGUCUCAUGUGUGGACAAGGAUGAGUUUGCUCUUAAGAUGUGGGAUGAGACGCCCGAAGGAAUGGACAUUGGUGUUUGUUUCAAAUCUCAAUCAGAAGCAAAGCAUGCUGUGAAAUUAUGGAACAUCCAUCAUAAAAGGGAAUAUACGGUCGCAGCGAGUAGUCCAACGACGUGGGCUGUGCGGUGCAGAACAUUAAAUGUGGAAAGUGAGGAUGGUGAACCACCAUGUGAGUGGAAGAUGCGUGUGUCUUUGAAAGCUCACGGCCUUCAUGAAAUUGUAUGGGCGUAUGAGCGGAUCGAGAGAAUCGCGCCACAAAGAAAAGGAGUAGAUUAUUUGAUUGAUGAGACCGCUCCAUUAGCUCAGCGAUACGUAUUUUCAGUUCAAAAUAACUCAAUGUUUAUUUCUAUUUGUUUCUUAUUCAUUUCUUUUACUAAUUCAAAUGUACCCCUUUGUUCAUUAAGGUGGGAAUGUAGGUACACCUACGGAGAUGCCCCAAGGAGCAGCACCCCACCUUUUAGAGAUCAAUUAACAAGCCUGCGUGUUGAAGAUUUUCGAUGGCAACCAUAUGCACAGGUCCUUCAUAGACUCCCUGAUUUCUGUAAACAAGGCCAAGCCAUUUGGACGACCAGGUGUUGGAUGUUCUGUUGGGCUAUUAGGGAACCCCACGAGUCGGGCAGAGUUGUGAGACAAUUUGGAUACAUACAGGAUGUUCCCAAGCGCUCUAUGAUUAAAGAUAACGCAGCAUUCCUUCUCGAUCACGCCCACAGUAUGUCUGGGUAUCCUAGCAACAAUUGGGUGGAUCACCAUUCCGCAGUACAUCAUCAUUGGAAUAGGAGAGAAGAGUACGUGCUACGAGAUUUGGAGGAAGGAGACCCUGGCUCCAUAUAUGAGGGGUACUAUGAAUGGUUCAUGGUGAACACUGUCAGACUGAUAUCCAAUUCCAAAAAUUAUGAACCUCAAGGAUACGAGGCUUCUUCGAGCCGAGUGAAAGUAUAUGGUGAAGUAUUGAACAAUAUUCGCGUGAGUAUCGAGAAGUUUAGAGAAAAACGAGAAGAUGAGAAUCUCCUAGACGAAGAACUCGACGAGCAUUUGGACGAGAUCAUCAAUCAAACACAUGCUGCUUUAACCCUGGGAGCAAAUGAUGAGAUGGAGGUGGAGGAUACCCAAAUCCUGGUUGAUGAAGAUCCAUCUUUGCCCUCACAACCUCCGCCGGCUUUAUACGUAUUAGUAAUAAUGGAUGAAGGUUUGCUGCAAAAUUGCAAUGCCCAAAAUGGCGAUGAUGUUGAAGAAAAUUGUUGUACUAAUAAUGUCAGCUCCACCAAAGUCACAGCUUCUGAAGUUUUCAGCAGCUUGGUAGCUUUAUCGGGAUUAUUCACUUAUGGUUGCGCUAAUGGAUAUUCAUCACCAGCUGAAUCUGGAAUCAUAGAUGAUUUGAACCUUUCUACUGCACAGUAUUCAUUGUUUGGAUCAUUAUGCUUGUUCGGAACAAUGUUUGGAGCAAUCAUAAGCGGCAGAAUAUCUGAUUUCAUUGGUCGCCGAGGGGAUGUUUGGUGGCUUGAUUCCGGAAGAUUUUUACUGGGAUUUGGCAGUGGAAUUCAAAUUUAUGUGUCUGUCAUAUAUGUUGCUGAGAUCAUUCCAAAAAGUAUUCGAGAAGCAUUCACGAUGGCUAGCCAUUUAAUGGUGUGCUCAGGCGUCAUGGUAAUGUUUUCCUCAGGGAACCUAAUCGCCUGGCGUGCUUUGGCUUCGAUUGGAAUCAUACCAUGUUUCAUACAGUUUAUUGCAUUGAUAUUCAUUCCAGAGUCUCCGAGAUGGUUGGCGAAAGUUGGUCGACAUAAAGAGGCAGAAUCUAGUCUGCAAUGGCUUAGAGGCCAAAAGGCUGAUGUCUCGCAAGAAGCAGCUGAAAUUUUGGUUGGAGUUGGGCUGCCUUUCUGGCUACCUUGGUCAGGUACCAACGGGAUCUUGCUAUAUGCGAGUUCUAUAUCAGAUGCUGCAGGACAAAUGACCAGCAUUUUCGUUCAGAUUCCUUUUGCUGUUUUAGGUGUUCUCCUCUCUGAUAAAUUCGGAAGAAGGCCACUUCUGAUCAUGUAUUUGGCUGGGGUGUGCUUAGGGGGUAUUCUCAUUGGAGUGGGAUUCGUCUUUCAGAGUUUGCGACUGUGGACAAAUGUCACUCCAACGAUUGUAUUCAUCGGGAUACAGAUGCAUUUUGGUUUUUUCGCCUUUGGCGCCGGACUACCAUUGGUCAUCAUCUCUGAGAUAUUUCCGAUGAACAUAAAGAGCUCUGCUGAAAGUGUAGCAACUUUUGCCCAGGGUUUUAAUUCAUGGGUUGUAGCCUGCGUAUUCAAUUUCUUGGUCGGAUGGAGCUCAGCUGGAACAUUCCUCAAAUUUUCAAGCAUUUGUGUUGUGUUGAUUGUAUUUGUUGUGAAGAUGUUGCCUGAGACAAAAGAUCGUAGUCUUGAAGAAAUAGAAGCAUCAUGGACCCAAGAUUUCUAA